CAUGGAGCUUGGUGUUGGUAUAAGCUCAAGCCACUCUUGGAAUCUGCAGGACACAAGGUCACAGUGCUUGAUCUUGCAGCUUCUGGCAUCAACAUGAAGAGAAUAGAAGAUGUUGUUACUUUCUCAGAGUAUUCUGAACCUUUGUUGCAGCUAUUGGCCACACUUGCCCAAAAUGAGAAGAUAGUUCUAGUUGGCCACAGCCUUGGAGGACUCAGCAUAGCACUUGCAAUGGACAAAUUCCCAGAAAAGGUAGCUGUUGCUGUUUUCUUAACAGCUGUAAUUCCAGACACUGAACACAAACCAUCCUAUGUCUUGGAAAAGGUUUGC